UUUGUUGCUUGCGGGGCACCAUUAUCACAAUACACAACGCCGUUUCAUCCAUUAGGAGUUAGCUAGCUAGCUAGCUAGGUAUGGGAAAGAAAACCCGCACAGGGACGGGACGACGAACAAUUUUACAGCUCUCUCCGCCAGGACCUCGUAGUGGGACAGGAGUAGUAAGAGGAGAGGAGGCUUUAGGUUCUGGGUCCGAGGAGGAGCCCGAAGGUAAUGCUGACGGACAAGGCAUCCAUAGAGAAGUAAAUAUCGAAAUGAAGACUCCAGCUGUGAAAGCAACACAGGGAUUAUCGUUGCUUGGUGCUUAUGAGGACAGUGAGGAAGAAGAUGCAACUGAAGCAUCCAGUUCCAUCAUAAAGGGAAAGCACAACCGGUCUGCGGAUAUUGACAGUACCCUUGCCAGUUUCAUGGCUGAAAUUGAUGCUAUUACCACUCAGCCAGCCCAGGCUGAUGAUGCUACAAGAGUCUCCAGUGCUCCUGUACCUACCCCACCACGUCCCGAGCCCAAGACAGAACAACACACUCAUAAUCAAAAUGGCUCUGCACAAGAGUUUCAGUAUAAUACGCAGUACUCCCUGGCAGGAGCUGGGUUAGAGAUGGGUGAUUGGCAGGAGGUAUGGGAUGAGAACACCGGCUGCUACUACUAUUGGAACACCCAAACUAAUGAGGUUGCCUGGGAGCUCCCCCACUACUUGGCAGACCAGAUGCAGGGCCUUCAGCAGUACACAGACAACUCCUCUGUAAAUGGUAAUGGUGUGUCACAACAAACAGGAGGUUAUCAGGAACAGCAGUCUGCUAUGGCUGCCACUGCAUCUAAGAAGGAACCCAAAAAGAAGGAAGUGAUAGAAAGUGUGGUUGCAUUAACCAGUGAUGAGGAGGAGAGGAGAGGUGUGGCUGCCUCUCUGCUCGCACCCCUCAUACCUGCUGAAGUGAAAGAGGCAGAAGAGAAAUGGAGGAAAAAGGUUUUGGCGAUAGAGGAAAAAACAGAGAAUGCUCAGGAGAUUGAGGAAGGAGCCCCUUACUCUGUAGGCUCUCCUGUUCUUUGUGAAGAAGAGAGCCCAUCUCAAAGUAACCAGCUCAGUAAGAAUGAUUCUGCAGAAAAUUCUGAUGGAGAGGAGGAGACAGAGGAGGACACCAUGGAAUUGGAACUUGCAUUAGAGAGAAAAAAGGCUGAGCUUCGCGCCUUGGAGGAAGGUGAUGGCAGUGCAGGUGGUUCCAGCCCCUGUUCUGAGGCAAGUCAGGAAUGCUCUCGUGGUCUUCUUGUGAAAAAGGCUAAGUGGAAAACUGCUUUCCUUCGUGCUCAAAGCCCCGACUCAAACAGCAGAGGCUCUGACAAGGCAGGAUGGGACACACCAGAACUUACAGACCUAGCACAUUCCAAAACAGCUGAGAAAGAAGGGGACAAAGAGGACAAGGACAGGACUGUAUCCAAAACGCAAGAGGAGGAUACAGCAGACCUCAAGUUUCAGAUUGGAGAGCUUGCAAAUACUUUGACCAGCAAAAUGGAGUUCUUGGGAAUCAACAAAAAGGCCAUCUCUAACUUUCAGCUGCUUUUGCUACAAACGGAGACGCGGAUAGCAGAUUGGCGUGAGGGUGCUCUGAAUGGAAAUUAUCUCCGCCGCAGGUUGCAGGAAGCUGCUGAGCACAUAAAACAUUAUGAACUUAACGCCACUCCCAAGGGCUGGUCCUGCCACUGGGACAGAGAUCACAGGCGGUACUUUUACGUGAAUGACCGGACCAGUGCCUCCCAGUGGGAGUUUCCAGUAGUGGGGGAAGAGGAAGAGGAUGCAAAGUGUCCCCAACCCUCUACAGCUGGGCAGGAAAAUGCAGGUCAACUGCCUUCUGACACUUCCAGUGGUCUUGUAGCAGGUACAUCCUUUGGAGAAACCCAGUCCUACUGGUCUGUCCCUUCUCAACCCCCGCUUCCUCCAGAAACUCCCCCUCCUCCCCCCACAGAGCAGCCCCCUCCACCACCACCUCCUCCAGAAUCACCUCCUCCACCCCCUCCCCCACCCCUCAGCGAUGAUGGGGAGAUCGAGGAAGUAGAGAUGGAGGAUGAGGAUGCUGAGCCACCUGCUCCAGGAACAGAAGAAUUCAAGGCCAGUGAAACAGCCAUACCCCAGGGAGCCACGGCCAAAGCUCAGAAGCGGAAAGCUUCAGGUGCAGUGCAGCUAAACAAGGCCAUCACAAUUGGGAGCAGUCCCAUACUAUACAGCCAGCCAACUGCCACUGCAGCCCCUUUGUUGGCUGGAAAUGCAUAUUGGGGAAUGCCUGCAGCUGUUACACCACCUCUGCAGUCAGAGACUUUGGCUCCACCAGUGCCAGCUCCACCCUCGCAACCUCCACCACCAGCACCUCAACCACCAAAUGAUCCAGCAUGUGGGAAAAUGCCUAUGGACAAAACUAAGAAGCUAAAGAAGGAUAAGAUGAAAAAGAGCAAAACAAAGAUGCCAUCUUUAGUAAAGAAAUGGCAGAGUAUCCAGAGAGAGCUAGAUGAAGAGGAGAAAUCAAGUUCUAGUGAUGAAGAUCGAGAUCAACUGAACAACAGGCGCAUAGAAGAGUGGAAACAGCAGCAGCUUGUGUCUGGGAAGGCGGUGAAGAAUGCUAACUUUGAGGCUUUGCCUGAAGACUGGAGAGAAAGGCUGCUGAAGAAGAGGAAGAUGAUGCAGAGUUCAUAGUACCUGUCAUGAUUAACCUCACAUUCAAAUUCGGAGUGGACUCUUUUCUCAUCAUGGUCCGAUAGGCUAAAUUAGAUCAAACUGAACUGAAUGUUUUUUUAGUGUGUUUGUGUGUGUGUGUGUGCACACGUGUGUAUGAAUGUGUUAUAUACUGUAAAAUUAUACCAACCACACACUUUCCUCAAACCCAUUUGUAAAACUUACUUACAUUUUCUGUACAAAGAUAUUUAAAAAGGUAUCCUUCUGGUUAUUGGUUUUUGUAAAUUAGCCCAAGUGUAAAUAUAUUGCAUUUUUGUUUACUUCCUUUACAUGAAUCAAAAAUGUCUAAAAUAGUUUUUAUUUCAUUAUGGAUUGACUUUGAGCCUAAUGCCAUUUUUGAUGUUCCUUUUGGCAUUCAUUGUGUAAGCAUCUUGAAAUUUGAGUGCAGGAUAAUGUACUGUGGAAAUUAAAGAAUUUUCCCAAAAUGGAUGGAUGUACAUCAGACACUUUGAUGCCUGGGACAAGCAUCCACAAAAAUCUAGACCCAUCUUCGCCCAAGUGAAGGAAUAAUGAGCCACUGGAGAAUGGAGUUUUCCCACAUCACUUUUCACCUCAAAUUUGAUGCAAACUUAUAGAAAUUGAAAACACAUUAUGUGUUUAGCAGAUAUUUAGGUUCCUGGUGAUAAAAUUGUAUAACAGUUCUUAGUGUAGCCUCCUGGAUGUGAGUCAGUAGCUAAAAUGAGCCAUGCAAGAUGGAGUCAUUGCACUCUGAAUUUUUAAUAAGUGGAUUAACAAUAUUUAAUCAUCUCCAGUGAAUUGGAAUUAAGAAAAAAACACCUAUUCAGAAGUGCCAACUCUUUCAGUUCUCCCAAACACUUCUGAACAUUUUUUUAAUGCAGUGUGUCUUAUCCAUGUCUAACUGGAGUGUUCUGUAUAGCUGUGUUCUUCUACGUGGAUGGGGGUUAGUGAAUUUUUUUAUGUUGUAAAUAAUGAAUAAAAUUUUUUCACCUGUU